AUGACUUUACCCCCACACUGUUUCUUUUCUCUCCAAAUCAGAGAAAACAAGCUCAAAGGAAAAUAUUGGAUAUUUUCCUUUCAAUCCUCACUUUUCCUCUAUUUUCCAAACAGGGAAAAAUGUCACAUCAUAAAUAUUUUCCAUACUUUAUUUUCCUUCCUCCCUCUUUUUCUCCAAUCCAAACAAGCUCUAAAGGGAAGCAAUAGGAGGAGGAGAGAGAGCAGUAAACUGAAGGGUACUUUGGCUAGGCACUUGCAGGUUCAGCUGGGACAAGUCCCCGUGAUGCCUUUCCAGUACCAGCAAUCGUCUUCUUCCACCGCAGCGGCGUCUAAUUCCUCUUCUCUCUUCCAGAACCUUCUAGAUUCCGAAGCUUCCGAUCCACAGCUCCAUUCCUCCAUGGAAAACCCCAGUAUUGGCGACAUCGAUGUCGACGAGAAAGAUUGCAUUCUUAGUCAAGACUUCUUCUGCACUCCAGAUUAUAUAACACCAGUGGAUCAAAAUUUAAUAAACAGCUUUGAUUGCAACAAGGAAAACAUGUUAUGCCCUGAAUCACCAGAGAAGCUAAACACUAUUAAAACCAAAAAACUUCGACAGGAAGUGAUCCCGGCCAAUCCUCUCAGCCCUACUUUGUCUGAGAAGCAACAAAAUCUGGAAAUUGCCAAAGAUACUUUUGGUACAGAUGAAGUGAACAUUGAGAAAGCAACAGUAUUUGGAACUCAGAAAAGCCAAAAUUAUGUAUCACAAUCUGCUGUUGCCUUGCGCUGUCGGGUUAUGCCCCCUCCUUGCAUUAAGAACCCAUAUCUGAUGCAAGCCUCGGAUGUGAAUGUAGAUCCAUUUGGCAAUAGACGAUCAAAAUGUGCAGGUUUUUUCUCUGCAGUUGUUGGUGGAGCUGGCCUUUCACGCUAUCACACAGAUUUUCAUGAGAUCCAGCAAAUUGGCAGUGGAAGCUUCAGCCGUGCUUUCAAAGUUUUGAAGAGAAUUGAUGGUUGCAUGUAUGCUGUGAAAUGUAGCACAAGGCAGUUACAUCAAGAUUCAGAGAGGAGGAAAUCUUUGAUGGAAGUUCAAGCUUUGGCAGCUAUAGGAUAUCAUGAAAACAUUGUUGGAUAUUAUUCUUCCUGGUUUGAAAAUGAGCAACUAUACAUUCAGAUGGAACUCUGUGAUUGCAGCUUAUCCAUUAAUAAAUCUUCCAAAUCAUUCACAGAGGACAAAGUGUUAGAAGUCUUGCAUCAGAUUGCUAAGGCAUUGCAGUUCAUCCAUGAAAGAGGAAUUGCUCACUUAGAUGUAAAACCUGAUAAUAUUUAUGUCAAGAAUGGAGUUUAUAAACUUGGUGACUUUGGAUGUGCAACACUCCUUAAUCAGAGCUUGCCAAUUGAAGAGGGUGAUGCACGUUAUAUGCCUCAAGAAAUCUUGAAUGAGGAUUACAAUCAUCUAGAUAAAGUUGACAUCUUUUCCUUUGGAGCUGCUAUUUAUGAGCUUAUUAGAGGGUUACCUUUGUCCCAAUCGGGAUCUCAAUUUUUUAACCUUAGGGAGGGGAGACUGCCAAUUCUUCUUGGCCACUCAUUGCAAUUUCAGAACUUACUCAAGGCCAUGCUAGAUCCAGAUGCAGUUCGGAGGCCUUCUGCUAAAGAAAUACUAGAGAGUUCAAUAUUUGACAAGCUUCAAAGAAAACUCAAUCAAGUGAAAUCUUAGUUGGAUUCUUGGGAAAGGAAUUUUUGUAUAUGGUGCCUCUAAUGAUCAGCUGCCGUAGCUAAGCGAGCUGUGCCAACACACUGAAUGGACAAUUUUGUAACAACAGUUCCUUCUUCAGUACAUUCACCUAUUUUUCUCCCGGUCAAAGUGCAGGUGUUGUGGAGUUAAGAGGAAGGCUGUCCUCAAAUAUAUCUGUUUAUGGACUGGAGGUAUGCAAUUUAAUAAAAUGCCCUCUUUAUUUUUAGUAAUCAGUGUACAAAAUUUGGCAAAAGAAUGUGAAUCAGACAGGAAGGAGUAUCAAAUUAAAAUUGUUGAGAACUUGAGCUAACUAGCAAAUAGCCAAAUACAGAUGUUAGAUUA